AAUUUGCAGUAGCAUAUUGUGUGAGAUGAGAUCUGUAAUUUCGAUCAGGCAGUAUUUUAGACAGUUGACGUAGAGGUCCUCAGAAGGGAAGCGCAUGUAAUGUGACGGACAUUGCGCGCGAGCUGUAGUGAAGUGCUGUACGUACUACGGUCUUUUGCGGCACUAUGGCAUUUAACUUCGGACAGACGGGCACUGGGGGCUUCACCUUUGGACCACCCAAAACUACGGCUGCGGCCACCACAGGCUUCGGGCUGCAGACCAGCACUCCUGCAGGAGGGGGCUUCUCUUUUGGGACCAGCCAACCCCAGACUCAAACCUUUGGAAACACCCAACCGUCUCAGAUUGCAGGACUGCUCGCACAGCCAACACAGAAUAAUGGAAGCACACAAGGUGGAUUCAGCUUCGGAGCCCAGACUCAGAGCAGCACCUCAAGUGGAGGCUUCUCUUUUGGUGCCUCCCAUCCAAAACUCAGCACACCUGCAGCAUCUCAACCUGCGACCACAGGUGUGACUCUGGGGGCUUCAACUGCAGGGACAGGCUUCACUCUCGGAGGUCUGGCCACUCAGACUACAGCGGCCCAGCAGCCUAUGGGAGGGUUCAGCUUUGGGACACCCAAAGUACAGGCAGCCUCAGUUGCCCCAGCACAGCCCACCCCUGCGCUCUCACUGGGGGCUCAACCCACAGGUCUCACUCUUGGCGCUUCUACCACUUCCACAGCCUCAACAACUGCUAUUAACUUUGGAAUCAAAACUUCAGCCACCCCAGCCCCCACCAGCUCUGCUGUAUCAAGUCAGUCCAUGACGGCUACAGUAUCCUCUUUGUUUGCAAAUCCUAUAGCCUCAACACCAGCCACAGGAUUCACAUUGGGCUCUUCGAUGGCCUCCGUGGCGCCUGUGAUGACCUCAGCAUCCAUCGCUCCAACAAGCCUGUCUCUGAAGCCUCUAGGAGCUGCUCCUACUGUAACGUCAGCUGCUGCUAGCACUGGAGUUACUACUGGCUUUUCUCUGGGGCUGAAGACUGCAGCAUCUACUGCACUAGCCACCACCACUGCCACCUCUACUUCAAUCGUCACAACCAGCACUGCUCCAGUGAUGUCAUAUGCUCAACUGGAGGCUUUGAUUAACAAGUGGAGCUCAGAAUUGGAAGACCAAGAACGACACUUUCUUCAGCAGGCCACUCAGGUCAAUGCCUGGGACCGUAUGCUGGUGGAGAAUGGAGAAAAGAUAACUGCUUUACAUAAAGAUAUGGAGAAAGUGAAACUGGACCAGCGAAGGCUGGAUCAAGAGCUAGACUUCAUCCUGUCGCAGCAGAAAGAGCUGGAGGAUCUUCUCGGUCCGUUAGAGGAGUCUGUGAAAGAGCAAAGCGGAACCAUUUACAUGCAGAAUGCAGAUGAAGAACGAGAAAGAACGUACAAGUUGGCAGAAAAUGUGGAUGCCCAACUCAAAAGAAUGUCCCAAGAUCUGAAAGAGAUUAUUGAACACCUCAACACAUCCAGCGGACCUGGUGAUACCACUGACCCUCUUCAGCAGAUCUGCAAAAUCCUCAAUGCACAUAUGGACUCUCUACAGUGGGUAGAACAAAACUCUGUUUUACUCCAGAGGAGAGUGGAGGAGGUCUCAAAGUUGUGUGAAAACCGCAGCAAGGAACAAGAGAAGAGCUUUCGUUUAAACUUCCAGUGAUCAAGCAUGAAAAAAAAAAGUUUCAAUCAGAUGUAAAUGAAUGUCAUUGUUUUUGUUAUUUACUUCAAAAUAAAAUCAUUUCUUUUACCUGA